AUGACUAUUGUGAGCGACUUUGAAGGUGCAUAUGUCGGACAUUCACUCCAACUGCAUGAACCGCUUAAUGACCUGCGGAGAACAAGUAGUGCUUCUGCCAGUGUCAAACCAAGCUUCACUUCCGAAAGACCAAAACUAGAAGAAUUUGUUAUUGAAGAAUAUGAAGCAAACAACUCUCUCUUGGAUUCAGAACUACCCACGCAAAUUCAGUUUGAAAAUUGCACUGUUCUCUUAGAAAACAAAAAUAUAUUUGUUAAUAAUAAGUUGAAAUUACAAAUGUUGACAGCAAUGCUUUCUUUACUAUUGCAUGGUUUAACAGACCAAAUCUUGGGCUCUUUAGUGGAAUAUUUUUUAUCAUACUACAAAAUAGAUCGUUUCCAGGUAUCGAUUUUGUUCAUUGCUCAAUUUUGUGGAUAUGUUCCAUCAAGCUUACUAAACAACUACCUCAUGAGUAAACUUGGUUUGCAUUUUCUAUAUUCAACAGCAUGUAUUUUUUCAUUGUUUUCAUGUGCUUUGUACCUCUUCAAGGCGCCAUAUUUUAUUCUUCCAUUUGCUGCAGCGGUAUUAGGAUGGGUAAACGGUGUUUUCGAUUGCUGCUUGAAUUAUUUUGUUGGAAAUUUAGAAUACUCAAAUCAACUAUUAGGAUUGAUGCAUUCGAUGUAUGGUACAGGUUGCCUUAUUACACCUGUUUUAUCUAUUUAUUUGAUUAAAAGAGGAAUGGAUUGGAGCCACUAUUAUUUAAUUGCAGUGGUUCUUUCCUUUGUUAACUUUUUGAUGGUGUAUUUUCUCUUCAAAGAUGAAACUAGUCAUAAAUACAACUACACAGCAUACGAGACCAGGAAUCAAUCCCAAAUGGAAUCACCAAUAGAUGAAGUUGAUGGCUUCAAAUUGGAAAACUCAAAUGAACCCACGAUUAUAGAAACUUUGACCAACAAAUACGUGAUGUUUUAUUGUUUGGUUUUAUUUAUUUAUGUUGGUGCAGAAUUAAGUGUUGGUAUUUGGUUGAAUAAUUACCUUUUCCGGAUCAAGCACUUGACAGAAGAAUUUUCAUCCCAAAUGGUAUCUUUAUUUUGGCUAUUCAUGACCUUGGGGAGAGGGGUUAUGGGAUUUUACACGGGAAGAUACCAUGAAAAUAAAGAAAUCAAAGCUGUUGUUGUUUACUGUUUCCUAGUGGCACUUGGGUGUUUCUUUUUUUGGGUUUUUCAAUCUUCAGUUUUGAUCCAAGGCUUUUCUAUAUGCUUUGCAGCCUGGUUUGUUGGUCCUUUAUUUGGAACAACCAUAAUAAUUUCACUGAAAACAUUACCAAAAAAGUACUCUCUCCACGGUAUUUCGUUGAUUGCUGGUUUGGGUGGUGCUGGCGCAGCAAUUAUUCCAGGGAUCAUGGGUUGGAUUUCAGAACAUUUAGGGUCGUCAAAAGAUCAGAACGGCCAUAGCGAUGGGGCAGGGUUAUAUUUUUUUCCAGAGCUGGUGUUCUUCACCUUUUCUUUGGCUGCCUCGCUGUGGUUUGGAUUCUACAUAUAUAACAAAGAAACUUUUGACAAAAACGUUAGACUAAAAUGA